AUGGUUCUCUUGGCGGCAAUCGAUCAAGGCACCUCCUCGAGCCGGUUCCUGAUCUUUGAGGCCGACACCGGAGAGUUGGUCACCAGCCAUCAGGUACAGUAAUCCCGUCGGAUCGCCCGUCAAUUGAUGUCAUUUCAGAUCGAAGUCCGUCAACUAUUCCCCGAAGCGGGAUGGGUCGAAAUGGACCCGAUGGAGAUCUACGAUACGGUCGUUGUGUGCAUCAACAAGGCCAUCGAGAAGCUCGAAAACUUGGGAAUUUCUGCCGACGAAAUCAAAUCGGUCGGUGUGGCCAAUCAAAGAGGUACAGUACCCAUCGAAGAUCACUGUAGACUACUAUUGUAUCGUUUCAGAGACCAGCAUCGUUUGGGACAAGACCACCGGCAAGCCGCUCUUCAAUGCGAUCGUCUGGCUCGACACCAGAACCACUGCUCUCGCUGAAGAAGCCAUUUCGAGAACUGCUUCCAAGUCAGCACCGAGACUUCUUUCAUAACAUUAUUGCUUUUUUCAGAGACAAAGACGAGUUCAAGGUGAAGACGGGCCUUCCGAUUCAUCCGUACUUCAGUGCUCUCAAACUGAAAUGGCUCUUCGAAAACGUUCCGGAAAUAAUGAAGACCUAUGAGGCCGGCAAUCUCAUGUUCGGAACAGUCGACACGUGGCUCAUCUGGAAGCUUACUGGAGCCUAUGUCACAGACGUUUCCAACGCUUCCAGAACCCUUCUUUUGGAUCUUCACAAGAGAAAAUGGUCGACUCAGCUCUGCGAGUUCUUCAAUCUUCCAAUCGAGAUUCUCCCGGAAAUUAAAUCCAGCGCGGAAGUGUAUGGAUACUUUGGGAAGGGUCCGCUGGAGGGCGUUCCACUCUCUGGAUGUCUUGGAGAUCAGCAGUCUGCCAUGGUUGGACAUCAGUGCUUGAAUGCCGGGCAGACGAAGAACACCUACGGAACUGGCACCUUCAUGCUCUGCAACAUCGGAACUCGUCCUAUCAUCUCGAAGAACGGACUGCUCACCACCGUCGGCUUCCAGUUUGGAGCAGACUCUCCGGUCGUGUACGCACUUGAAGGAUCUGGUUCCAUCGGAGGAAACGUCGUUCGAUUCCUUCGUGACAACUUCAAGUUUAUCAAGGAUGCGAAGGAGAUGGAAGGACUCUGCCGGUCCGUCGAGGACACCGCCGGAGUCUUCUUCGUCCCUUCCUUCACCGGCCUCUACACUCCGUAUUGGGACUCGACGGCUCGUGGAACCAUUCUUGGAUUGACCCAGGUCAGCCAGCGGGAGCACAUUUGCCUGGCUGCUCUUCGAGCUGUCGCUUUCCAAAGUGCCGAGAUGAUCGCAGCAGUGGAGCACGAUCUGGAGGGGACCACGAAGGUGACAACUCUGAAAGUGGAUGGAGGAAUGAUUGCGAAUGGACUGUUCAAUGAAAUCCAGGCAGACAUCAUGGGAAGAGACAUUGUUACUCCGAAGAUUACGGAGAUUUCCGGAUGGGGAGCAGCGGUGGCCGGAGGAAUCGGAGCACAGCAGAUCAGUUUGGACGAGUUCCUCUCGCAGUCCAGCGAGGUAACUUCUGGAUAAUCUAAGAACUAAUAUCUCAAAUUCUUGUUUUCAGGCCGUCCGUUACACCCCUCAAAUGAACGAGAACUGGCGCUCGGCAGAACUCGCCCGUUGGAAAGAAGCCGUCAAACGCUCGUGCGGAUGGGCUCAUUAA